UGAUUCAUAUAUGCUAAUUAUGAAGAGAAUAUGGAGUUGAGGGAAACUCUCGAACGACUCGAAGAGUGUAGAAAAACUUGAAUUUUUCACUUUCAGUUUGACGAAAACCCACCAUUAAACCAUCCCGCUCGAUCCACUCCACCACCACUACCCAUCUCCCUCCCCAAACUUCUUUUUAGUUCCAUCAAUGUAUAGCCCUAAUAGAAAGAAUUGAGAGAGGGAGAAAGAUUGUUUUUUUUUUGGUUUCAAGAAUGACAGAACCCUACCACAAUUUCUUCAAUGGAUGGCUCAAUUUCAGCCCUCUCCAUCAAUAUGAACAAGAAAUCUCAACAAUUUCUUCCUCCCCACACCUGCAACCCUCCAAUAACACAUUGUACUACUACCACCACCACCACCACAAUACGGCGGCACCACCACCACCACCGCCACCGCCGCCAAGAGAACCCCGCCCUAUCCUCCCCAACCUAAACCUCAGGGAAGAAGAAGAAGGAGGAGGAGGAGAAGAAGAGGUGGAAGAAGAUGAAGAGGAGACUACCAAUACUGAAACCUCACCCCCACCAUGCAAUGCAGAAACCAGCAAGAAGUCAUCAUCCUCCAUUAAAGAGGAGAGUCUGAGGAGCUUCUCCGCGAGUAGCACUGAUGAAGAAGAUGUGAGCGUUGCCCUACAUAUUGGCCUCCCAUCUUCUUCAUCUUCUUCUUCUUCAAUCAGACAUGGCAGCACCUCUGAUUUCACCACUUAUGCUGCGGCAGCUUCUUCUGCUAGUGCCGAUAAUGUCCUCUCAGGUUUGCCAUUGAACAGACUCAACAAUGGACAGUAUUGGAUCCCCACCCCUUCCCAGAUUCUCAUUGGCCCUACCCAGUUCUCUUGCCAUCUUUGCUUCAAAACCUUCAACAGAUACAACAAUCUCCAGAUGCAUAUGUGGGGGCAUGGAUCACAAUACAGAAAAGGCCCAGAAUCACUAAGAGGAACCCAGCCAACCGCCAUGCUAAGGCUGCCGUGUUUCUGCUGCGCCCCGGGCUGCAAGCACAACAUCGACCACCCCAGCGCCCGCCCAUUGAAGGACUUCAGAACUCUCCAAACCCACUACAAGCGGAAGCACGGAGCCAAGCCCUUCAUGUGCCGGAAAUGCGGCAAGCCCUUCGCCGUCAAGGGCGACUGGCGCACCCACGAGAAGAACUGCGGCAAGAUCUGGUUCUGCGUCUGCGGCUCCGACUUCAAGCACAAGAGGUCCCUCAAGGACCACGUCAAGGCCUUCGGCCACGGCCACGCCCACGCCGCCCUGCCGGACGACGCGCCGCCCAACCACCUCGCCGGGGAAGAGGAUAAUGAAUCCACGUCCGACGUGGAGCAAGACUACUACGUGUACACAGGGGAUUUUUAAUUUAUUUCUUGAAUGCAUGCAUAUACAUACAU